CAGGGGGCGAUCCCAUGCCCUUACAGUGAUAGUCAUCCACCAAGUAAAUUCGAUGGCAACGGCUAGGGCGGAUUGGGGCGGGGCGGCAUCAUACGGAUAGUCUAUAAAUUAUUGGGAGCUACAAAGAUGGAUAGAGAUGCUCGAUACUCGUCUGCGCUUCACAAGGACGACGACGGAACCAGUUCAGUUGUGUAGUGCACAGACGACACGGCUACCCAUCCCAUGUACAUCCAUCCAUCCCAUCCAUCCAUCCUUCGGCAGACAGACUCCUUAAUCUACCCACCCCCACACUACUACUACCACUCUCUCACAAGCUUGCUUUCAUCUCUGCUCUUCAACUCAUUAGUCCUGUGAAUGCAAUGUCAUUGUCUAUCAAUACAAAAACUUUGGGAUGAGCACUGCAGGCUGAAGCAUCGAUCGGGCAUUUCUCCUCAGGCAUGUUUGGUUUUCGGCCAUCACCGCCUCUUUGAACGAUAACGACGCGAACAACCCUUUUCAAUUAUAUUAGCUAAUUGUUUUGACCAACAUAGCUCUAUGGAUGCAACGCUCGGACUCUUCGGAAGAGACAAUUUAUCAGGCGCCACCGCCUCGUUCUAUUAUUUUAUUUUAAUUUUUAAAAAGCUGUUUGAGUUUGUAUUACUUCCCUAGCCUAGAAAGGUUGAGAUUUUUCUGCUAUUCACAUGGUUUUAGGUGCAACUCCAGUCCUGUCUCGCUUUGAAUGGAUUCAUCUUGUCAACUUCCAAAGACGAGCGGAGAAAUAAGCAUGGCCGAAAAGCAGGGACCGGCGAACGAUGUUAUAAUCAGCAUCCCUGGAGAUGAAAAACGUUCAAGAUUUUCUUCGCCGGAUGCUUCCAAGGAACAAAUGCAUAAAUGCUCGGCUGAUUCACCGCGCAGAUCAUCUAACGAUUCAAGUCUCGGUGGUGCCCCAAAGUCAGUGUCACCCAGAAGCCCUUCAAUUGAAACAUCAAGGGCUGUCAAUAAACCACCCAAAAUCCCCAAAGAUGAUAGUCUCACUCGUCUAAAGUCCCUAUCAAGGUCAGUUUACUCAAAGCCCAAAUCAAGGUUUGGCGAGCAGUCUGUCCCUAUUGACAGUAGAAUGCUUGAAAAUGAAGCCUUAGCUGAAGAAUGUGUAGUAGUCUCUACCCGAGGUUCGCCGAGUAUUAAGGGUGGGGCUGUUGGAACUAGUAAUAGAUCAGUGCCAGAAAGUCCCAAAACGCCAUCCCCUGGCGGCAGCGGCGUUGGAGGAGGGGAUGACGAUGAAGAAAUAUAUAAGAAAGUUAGAAGUAGAAACAAGCUCAAGUAUAGGAAAGUGAAGGUCAAGGUUUUGUGUGAGUGGUUACUGUUUCUUUUCAUGUUGGGGUGUUUGGUUGUCAGCUUGACUGUUGAUAUGGUGCGAAAUUGGACAGUUUGGGACUUGCAAUUUUGGAGGUGGUGUCUGCUGAUUUUGGUGACAUUUAGUGGCUUGUUGGUUACAAAAUGGUUGAUGCAUUUUGUUGUUUUGGUGAUCGAGUUGAACUAUCUGCUCAAAAAGAAGGUUCUGUAUUUUGUUUAUGCCUUGAAGAAGAGUGUGCAGGUCUUUAUAUGGCUGACUGUGGUGCUCGUCACUUGGGUUCUGCUAUUUCAGCAGGGGGUAGGACGAUCACUCGCGGCCUCUCGGGUAUUAGAUUUCAUCACAUGGACGAUUUCUUCGUUGCUAAUUGGUGCUUUCUUGUGGUUGUUGAAAACUCUGCUGCUAAAACUAUUGGCAUCUUCAUUCCACGUGAAUGCAUUCUUCGACAGAAUUCAGGAAUCAAUCUUUCAUCAAUAUGUCAUGCUGUCGCUAUCCGGGCCACCAGUGAUGGAGUCGGCAAAUGUCUAUGCAAAAACGGGCAGCAAUGUGAGUAGGCUCAGUGUCCCCAUUGCCAACAAGGAGAAAGGUGGGAAGGAAAAGAAGGAGGAGGUUAUUGACAUGAAUAAACUUCAUCGGAUGAAACAAGAUAAAGUGUCGGCUUGGACCAUGAAGAUGUUAGUUGAUGCUAUAUCUAAUUCGGGUUUGACGACCCUUUCCAACGUCAUAGAUGAGAGUGCCUACGAUAGAGGUAAUGAACAAAAGGACAAAGAGAUUACCAAUGAGGAGGAAGCAAUUGCUGCUGCGUAUCACAUUUUCAGAAACGUAUCCCAACCUGGUUGCAGGUACAUUGACGCCAUGGACCUUAGCAGAUUCAUGAUCAAAGAAGAGGUGGAGGUUGUGCUUCCAAUGAUUGAUGUGGCUGAGAGUGGAAAGAUUGAUAGAAAAGCUUUGACUGAGUGGGUGGUGAAGGUUUACAAAGGGCGGAAAGCGCUAGCUCAUGCCCUGAACGACACUAAAACAGCUGUGAACCAAUUGAACAAGCUCGUUACAGUGAUUCUGAUCAUGAUCAUGAUUAUAGUGUGGCUUCUGUUGACAAGAAUAGCGACCACCAAAGUGCUUGUAUUUAUGUCGUCGCAGAUUGUUCUUGCAGUGUUUGUGUUUGGGAACACCUGCAAAACUAUAUUUGAGGCUAUUGUGUUUGUGUUUGUAAUGCAUCCCUUUGAUGUUGGUGAUCGGUGUGUUAUUGAUGGAGUCCAGAUGAUCGUGGAGGAGAUGAAUAUUUUGACAACCGUCUUCCUGAAGUUUGAUAAUGAGAAGAUAUACUAUCCGAAUUCAGUAUUGGCUACCAAACCCAUUAGCAAUUUCUACAGAAGCCCAGACAUGAGUGAUGCACUGGAGUUCUCUAUUGAUUUCAAGACUCCCGUUGAGAAAAUCGGCGCUUUGAAGGAGAAGAUUAAAAAGUACUUGGAGAAGAAUCCCCAACACUGGCAUCCCAAUCACAAUGUGGUGGUGAAAGAGAUUGAGAAUGUGAACAAGAUCAAGAUGGCUGUGUACUUCAAUCACACAAUGAACUUCCAAGACUUUGCAGAGAGGAACAGAAGACGAAGUGGAUUGGUGCUGGAAGUGAAGCAAAUCUUUGAAGACCUCAAUAUUGGAUAUGAUCUCCUUCCUCAACAAGUCAACCUUCUCCGCUGCUAAUUAACCGUCGCUAGAGUCUAGACUAAUUUUGUUUUAGUAUGGCUCUUUAAUGUCAAGCAUUCCAACUUAUGGAAAAAUUCUUGCGGGAAGGAAGCAAAUUGCUAUUUCAUUCAUACAAAGGCACAAGGCACAGACAGGCCAGCAGCAGCAACGGUCACUCAUACAUACAUACAUAUCUAUAUAUAUAUAUAUAUAAUAUAAUAUAAUAUAAUAUAAAUAUAUA